GACCAACUGGCUGAAUGGGGUGCUUUGAACUUCGAAUGCGCUGUGAAAAACCUUUUUACAGGCUGCAGUUCGCUCUGAAGAGAGAGGCGAUGAAGGACAUUCUUGUAGCGCUGCUUCUGCUGAACGUUCAAACUCUCAAGGUCUGCUCUAAGCCCUACCAGGCAGACUCAGAUGGAAACUGUCUCAACUCAACAACAGAGUAUCUGUCGGACAAUUCCCAACUGUGCUGCAGGAAAUGCCCCCCUGGACACCGGCUGACUCAAGAAUGCUCUGAAACUACUGAGACUGUGUGUGAACAAUGCCCACCAGACCACUUCAUGGAGAACUGGAACUACGCUCCGAACUGCUUCUACUGUGCCAAAUGCAAACCCAAAAAAGGUUUGCAGGACGCCCAGGUCUGCUCCUCUACUCAAAGUUCAAGGUGUAAGUGCAUACCCAACAUGUUUUGCAUGAUGGAUUUUGAUGACCCGUUCUGCACAGCAUGCAGCAGGUACACGCAGUGCCUACGCGGUGCUGGAGUGUUUGUGGAAGGCACAGCCAACACAGAUGUGAAGUGUAAACAGUGCCCCAGCGGGACGUUCUCUGACACAGUCUCCUCCACAAAGGCCUGCCGGCCGCACACUGACUGUAAGAGGCGGGUUCUCGUCACCAAAGGCAACGCCACCUCGGACAACGUGUGCGAACCGCUGGCUCCCGCAGCCACCGCGCGGCCUCGUGGGUUAGAACGUUGGCCUCGCGAUGAGCGGGACGCCGCCAGCACAGCCUCGGUAACGUCAGACUCCGAGGCUCCGCGUGGACGGACAGGGGCCACACCGCCUGUUGGGGCGUCUUCUUCAAGGCCAGAAAUCAACCCUUCGACAAGGCCCCCGCCAUCGGGCGGAUGGCCCGCUAAAACACUGGUUGCAGUCAUUGCCAGUGUGAUUGGGUUAUUACUUUUCUUCAUCGCCAUCGUCCUGCUGUUCAUUUGUAAACCUGUCUGGAAGAAAGACGACGCGGCAAGAUUUAAUCCUAAACUAGAUGCAAAUGGCAAUUGUGAAAGAGUUGAUAAACUCGGUCAGGACUAUACGGGGGAAAACCAUCUGAAUUAUAUCAAGGUGCCCUCACCAGAACACCAGAGUCUGCUGCAGAGUGGGGAAACCUGCAGCGACCACAGUCAGUGCAGCAACACCACUUUGACCCAAACGGACGGCUCCAGCAGCCAGGAGUCCAUCGGGCCUUUGCAAUCCACGGUAGCUCUCCACAGUCAGCUCUCCGUCCUGUCGGAUCCCAUGACGUUACUUUCCAACGCAGAAGCUGCCACUCCGCAGCCAAACGUUCCCGCACAGUCCAGCUCCCAGUCCAGCUCCCAGCCCACCAGCCCCCAGGUCAUCAGCCCCGUGACCACCAGCCCCCACGUCAACGUCAACAUCACUUUCCACAUUGAAAACAGGUCCUGUGGGACACCGUCUGUGACGCCUACAGACUCGAUGCAAGUUGACUCUAAACUCCCCUUUGGAGAGGAGGAGUCAUUUAGCAUCCCGCAUCAAGAAGCUGGCAAACAAUCACUGAUGUCGGUGCAGGACAGUGACAGUUUCACUGCAUGAAGAGUCACAUGCGGGAAAGACACAGACACACCCAGCUGUUUAUUUCUUUUUGUCAUGAAAGAACCUCAAAAAUAAUCUAACUUGACCGGCUUAAACCCAAAUUCUGUUUCCAUAUCAAAGCCAUCAACCAUCAUUCUGUGUUUAUAUGUGUAUAUAGAGUAAAUAAAGAUGUACAUUUUUGUCUUUCUUUUUGUGAUGUUGUGGAAAUAUAAGUAGUAAUAUAUAUAUAUAUAUUUUAGCCUCACCUCCAGCUUGUCUCAUUUAACAAUAUAUCCCAUAAUGGUUGUGAAAUUGAAAAAAUUCUGAAAGUUAAGCGUUGAUUACAAGUCUCGCAAAAGAAAAGGCCGCCUAUUGUACAUUAUGCUUGUAUGAGGAUACAAUACUGAUGCAUCACUGUUUAAGCAGUAUUCCCUCAGGUAUACUUGUGCAUGCAAGUUGUAUUUUAAGAAUGCAUUACACUUUCUAAACUAUAUUUUGAACCAAACAUAUUAAUAGGCAAAGUAACUACAUGUUCACAAAGCUGUCGUAGAGAUGAUGAUAAUGUACAAUAUUGUGAUAUUGAGAUGUUAUGUCAUUGUAAAAAGUUGCACAUUAAAAAAUGGAAAUU